AUGCGUUUCUCCCUCUUGUCGCCUGCUGACCGGCCGGGUACUGUUGAUGUACGCUAUUGGAUAGUCGGAGGUACCAAAGCUGUUGGAAGCCUGAUUGACAAGUGCGUCACUUGCAACAAACUACGCGCAAAGGUCCAGGAGCAAAAGAUGGCAGACCUGCCGGACGACAGGAUUGAGAUAACACCACCCUUCACCAACUGCGCCGUUGACUACUUUGGCCCAUUCAUGGUCAAAGAAAGAAGAAAAGAAAUAAAGAGAAGAGAAUUGAAGGAGGCCCUUAACGAGAUGAGUGCUGACAAGCUGAAAGCGGAGAUGCUGAAGGACAAUUGCGACUACAUCGAGUUCAAAAUGAACGUCCCGUCAGCAAGUCAUAUGGGAGGAGUUUGGGAGCGCCAAAUUAGAACGGUACGCAACGUGCUGGCCUCUCUACUCCAAGACAAUGGCAAACAGUUGAAUGACGAAUCCCUGCGAACUCUGAUGUGCGAAGUAGAAGCAAUAGUCAACUAUAGACCCCUUACAGUUGAAUGCUUGAGAGAUCCUGACGCACUCGCUCCACUGUCAGCAAGUCAGUUACUCACUAUGAAGACUAAGAUUCUAAUGGCCCCCCCUGGUGUCUUUCAGUCUGCCGACCAGUACGCAAGAAAGUGGUGGAGGCGAGUGCAACAUCUCGCAAAUGAAUUAUGA